AUGUCUCAAAUCGAAAAACUUCUUUCUGUAAAAGGAAAACCAAUGAUUCAUCACGAAGGUUACAUCUACACUGCAGAACGUACAACAUCGACGAAAUUGAUCUUUCGUUGCCAGAAUCGAGAUUGUAAAGCUCGAUGUCAUACCAAUUUAUCUAUGGACGUAUUUCUCUCACAACCAACAGCUCACUGUCAUGCUCCUCAACCUGAUCGUGUGCCUGCUAUUCAAUUAAAAAAUGAAAUUAAAGCUCGUGCCGUAACAACAGAUGAAUCAACCAGUUCCAUUAUUCAUUCUGCUUUGCGUACGUAUCCGUUGAGUGCUGCUGGUGAACUUCCAAAAAAUGAAGCACUUAUGCUAAUGAUUCGACGACAGCGUACUGUUGAAACAAUCGAUGUCGAUGGUUGUUUACUGGAAAAAUUAAGAAAGACGUAUCGCGAUGAAGACUUCAUCUUGCACGAAGACAAAAAUUUAAUUAUCUUUACAACAAAAACAAAUUUAUCGAUUCUGAAGCAAAAUAAACAUUGGUUCGCUGAUGGAACAUUCAAAGUGUGUCCUGAUGAUUAUUAUCAAUUAUUCACGUUACACGCGAUGAUGACUAAUGCAAUUAUCCCUCUCGUCUAUGGAUUAUUAAUUGGAUGUUUCUUUCAUUUUUCACAAGCGAUAUGGCGGCAAGUUCAAGGAAAAGGAUUGGUAACAAAAUAUAAAGAAGAUGAGUACUUUCGUUUAAAUGUAAGAAAAUUGAUUGCUCUUGCCUUUGUUCCAGUAGAUGAAAUUACAACCGGCUUUGACUUAAUUGUCAAUCAAUUCGACGAUGACGCCGAUGAUUUACUUGAUUAUUUUGAAAAAACAUGGAUUGGUGAACCAAAAAGAAGAGGAGCUGGUCGAAAGAAGCCUCAAUUUGAUCACAAAUUAUGGAAUAUGCAUGAUCGUGUCGUCGCUGCUGUACCUCGUUCGAACAAUUCGGAUUGGAUUAAUUAA